GUGAUACUUUGGCUCAACGGUGGUCCGGGUGCUUCUAGUGUGUCUACUGUUUUUGUGCAAAAUGGUCCACUUAGAGUCGUUAAAGUUAAUGGCAAACUUAAAUUGCAACCACACAAUUACACUUGGAAUGAAGAGUUUGCCGUAUUAUACAUUGACAACCCUGUGGGCACUGGAUUUUCGUUUACCGAUAAUGAAAGUCACUACCUAAGCAAUGAAUCUGAAGUCGGCCAUGACGUCUAUGAAGCGUUGCGCCAAUUUUUUCUUCUUUUUACCGAGUACCGAGGAAACCCAUUUUACGUAACAGGUGUCAGCUACGGUGGAAAGUACGUUCCCGCUGUUGGAUACAAAAUACACACAAUGGGUGAACAAGCAAAGAAAGACGGUAUAAACCUUAAAGGACUGUCCAUUGGAAAUGGCCUUUGUGAUCCGAAAACCCAGUCAGAUUAUGGUGACUUUUUGUGGAAACUUGGCCUUAUUGAUAAACACCAACGAGAUCACUUUUUGGCUGAGCAA